CAUCACACCUUUGCAUCACUAUACCUACUUCAAAACCAAAUCCCCUCUUCCCUCUUUCACAAUGGCCACAUUCUCAAACUACAUUUUUUUCCUCCUCUUAACAACUCUUUUGUUGCCUCUACAAACUAUAGCUAGAGAGAGUGAAUUCUUCAGCAAAGUCACUCAUUUCAACAAAGAAACAAAAGUUCCCAACAAAGAAGAAUCCCCAGUUACAAACAAACCUGAGGAGCAACCACCUUUCAUCCCUCAGACACAAAAUAGCUAUGGCUUAUAUGGCCAUGACUCUGAUCACAUUCCUUCCACCGCCGCCACGACAUCCACCACCAAUUCUAACUUUGAAGAGACAAGCAAUUACCCCAACAAUAACAAGUACUACAACAAUGAUGCAUAUAACACAAAGUAUUACAACAAAGACACUUUUGGAAAUAACCAAAAUGAGUUGAGUGACACAAAAUACAAUGAAGAAGGUUACAACUCCAUGAUGGAAAAACAAAACAACAACCAAGAGUAUUACUUCAACAACAACAAUGCUGCAAAUGAAAGAUCAUUCCACAGCAAUAAUUAUAAUAAUUAUAAUGCUCAGAAUAACAGGUACAAUGGUGAGAAACAAGGGAUGAGUGACACAAGAUUUUUGGAAGGUGGAAAAUAUUUCUAUGAUGUUAACUAUGAAAAGUACAAUCCAACAAUGUAUGGUGAUUCAUCUAGAGGAGUGAACAACAAUAAUAACUGGUACAACAAUAAUAAUAACUAUGGUAACAACAAUGAGUACCAGAAUAACCAUGGCAACUACAAUGGUUACAAGAACCAAGAGGAGUUGAAAAAUGAACAACAUGAGUUUGAUGUUGAACCAUAAGAAUUUGAUUUUAUAUCAUUAGCAAAGUGAAGAAUUCGCUUUACUUUUGAAGUGUUCUCUGUGUGAGUGUGUUCUAUGUUUCAAUGUGCUUUGGAUUUAAAAAUCAUAAAGGUAAUUAAAAGAUACAUAAGCUAAUUAAUUAUAUAUUAAGGUAUUUGUUUUUUUGUUUUACUUUAGUUGUAAUUCUAUACGGUCUUGUUUCUGGUAUUGCAAUGUCUGUUAUGAUUUAGAUAUAAGCCAUGAAGUGCAAGAGCAUGAGUGAUUUUUUGCUUAUUACCUAUAAAUAAGUUGUAUUUUGUGUUUUUGCUUAUGGAUUUAUAUUAUUUUUCCAUUUUUAUUAA